AUGCGGGUAACCGGGAUACCCGUCUUCAACCAGUCGCCUGGCGUGAUUCAAGUUACGUACAGUGGACACGGGCCUACGCUCGGCAAAUCCUUCAUCGCUAUAACGAACAACGAAGUUUACGGCGUCCACACACCAAUCGUGAUCCACCGCGGAACCAUCGGCGCGAUCGUGCGAAACAACUAUGUGCACGACUUUCUCUUCGCGGGAAUUCGCUGUGGCUCAGACGUGCACUUCGCCGCGGAUUGCAUGCUCACGCAGAUCGACCGCAACCACGUCGUCGCUGCUGGGCGGAACAGAUCCGGCGAUCAGGACGCAGCUGGCAUCUACUAUUGCGUGCACUGGUUCAGCCCUGACAACACGGCGGAGUGCUAUUACAUCUUCAACGGGGACCACUGCUACUACCUCGACUUUGUCACCUCGGGUGUGACUAUCAAGGGGGGUGCAUGCAUCAACACGUACGAUGGGAUCAAGGUCAACAACGGAAAGUGGAAUUCUAUUGAGAGUGUGAUCAUAAAGAAGGUACCAGGCUCACCAGGGUGGAGCACGUGUUUCACUCCAACAGUGCUCAACUGCGACAAGAACCCCGGCACGUACUGGGAGCUCAUGCGCAAACAGUACUAUGACACACCAGUGUUCAGAGAGAAAUACCCUUUCUGGCCUGAUGUUUGCGGGCAGAAGAACAUCAACGGCAAGCCAUGCAACACCAAAGCCAAGGGAACGUUGCCUGCAGAGAAAACAGGGGCGUGCAGCGGCCUUCCCACAGAAAACUACCAAAACCUUGUCUUGGUGGAGACUGAGGGGAGAGAUCUUGGUUACAAGUACUGCGAGAACUUACCUACUGUGGAGGCGGGUCCUCUAAAUGAUCAGAGGAAGGUGAACCUCACCGACAUUCCUGGGGCAAAGUUUAUGGAUUAUGCAAACGACGACCUGGGGGUGAAUACAGGCUCAUCUCUCUUCACCAGCAUCAGUGGCUUUAAGAGCUGCCCAAGGAAAGAUGUGGGGCCCCGGCGAAUCGAUGAUGGGUUCUACUAUUUGAAUUUCAACCGCCCGGAGCCGGAUCUGUACAAGCUGGUGGUGAGCAUGGCUACUAAACACGUGCAUGAUCCUGCUAUUGUGAAGCUGAGUAAGAUUCCCAAGAAAGGGAAGAAGUGA